AUGUCUGGCUCCAAUGCUUGGCUGCGCGCUCAGCGCAAAUCAGAACUGAUUGGAAUCGCCGAGCAUGUCGGCCUCAAAAAUUACGAUGGCCUGAAGAAGGACCUCGAGCUCACCCUUGACGAGCACCUCGCCGCCAACUCGGACAGGUAUUCCAGCGAUCCCAAGCUGGCGCCGUACUUCCAGUCCCGCAACCGAAGUAUCGGUUCGCCCAUCAAGAAAGACGCUCCCGAGCUCAAGAUGCCCAAGAGGAGAAUGGGUAGCAAGACUGACAGCGAGAUCAUUGCCGCCACCGACGUCGAUGAUGAGCCAUCCAUAGCGAGCACCACUUCAGCCCUAGUCCACACCCCGGCGCGCGCAUUCUCUAUCGCGCAGCGCAUCCCACUCCCCGCGACCCCUGCUGAAGUCGCCGAGGCUGUGGACCGCAGCACGGCUGUCGUCCGCCAGCAUGUCAACUCGGUCCUCGCCGAGAGCUCCAUCCCCGAGUACACCCAGGCGACGCGCCAGUCCCUGUCCACCGUCACGGCCGUCCUCCUGACGGCGCAUCUGUUUGAGCUGUACUUCCUGCGCCAGGAGCUCCUGGCCGACCGCUACGCCUUCACCAUCCCCGCCAUCAAGGUGCUCGGCACCAGGGACUACAUCAUCAACAUGCCCGACUUGUUCCUGCUGCUGACGUCAUCGUUUUGGAAGCCCGCUUCCAUUUGGAUGCUGACGAGCUUCAUCAUCCCGAGCUUCUUUGGCUACUUCUUCAACCUGAGCGCCGCCAACUCGCACUCGCCCGGCGUCGCCACGCGUGGCCGUCCUAGGGGUGUCUCCCACGACGUUGAGUACCGCGUCGACCCGUUGACCUAUAGCGUCGUCAAGGCCGUCAUCUCCUACGUUGUCUACGCCCAGGGCGCCACGCUUGGCGGCUUUGUCGACGAGAACAGCGUCGCCCGCAUCAAUUCUGCACUCUACGGCGGCUGGAAGGGUGUAUUGGUCGGCUCGGGCAUUACCGGCCUGAUGGCCAUGUACGAUGCGGUUCUGCGCAAGUGA